CAUCUAGGAUGCCCUACCCCCCAGCGCAUCACCUCCUACUCUCUCUCCCCCAACCGUCAGCGCCCUCUCGCCGGUGCCGGCCACGCCGCCAUCUUCAACGUUUUCCGCCGCUUCAGACACCAGGUCCUCUACGUUGCUCCCCCCUUCAUUGCCGCUUACGCCAUCAUGAACUGGGCCAUUGAGAGAAACGAGUACCUCAACUCCAAGCCCGGCCGCCUCGCCGAGGGUUCUGAGGAGUAA